UGCCAUUUCAUCACCUCAAAACUCAAAACAGCCAUCCCCCACCAGAUACGCAUUAUCACCAUGGCGAAGCCCAUCCUGCUAUCAAUUUCUCUAUGCCUUGUUGCGCUCGUCAAUGGUUGCCUUGCUCAAAGUGGCGGGCGGCAACAACCACGAUUUGGCGAGUGCAAACUCAAGAGGCUGGUAGCCCUUGAACCCAGUAAUCGAAUUGAAGCUGAGGCCGGUGUGAUCGAGUCCUGGGACCCCAACAACCAGCAAUUCCAGUGCGCUGGGGUUGCCGUUGUUCGACGUACCAUUGAGCCCAAUGGUCUUCUCUUGCCCCAAUACAGCAAUGCUCCUCAACUCCUCUACAUUGUCAAAGGUAGGGGUAUAACUGGGGUUCUAUUUCCUGGGUGUCCUGAAACAUUUGAAGAAUCUCAACAAGGACAGAGCCGGAUCCGCCCCAGCUUGAGAUCAGCCAGCUUCCAAAGAGACCGACACCAGAAGAUUCGCCAUUUCCGAGAGGGCGACGUAAUCGCAUUCCCGGCCGGAGUAGCCCAUUGGUGCUACAAUGAUGGAGAUACCCCAGUAGUUGCAGUCGCUCUAAUGGACACCACCAACAAUGCCAACCAGCUUGACCAGAACCCGAGAAAUUUCUACCUCGCUGGGAACCCCGACGACGAAUUUCGGCCACAAGGGCAGCAGGAAUACGAGCAGCACCGCCGUCAGCAACAACAUCAACAACGCCAUGGUGAGCCAGGCCAGCAACAGAGGGGCUCAGGCAACAAUGUCUUCAGUGGCUUCGAUGCAGAGUUUUUGGCGGACGCUUUCAACGUGGAUACUGAGACGGCCAGAAGGCUUCAAAGCAACCAUGACCACAGGAGGAGCAUAGUGAGAGUGGAAGGCAAUCUUCAAGUGAUCAGGCCCCGAUGGUCACGGGAGGAGCAGGAGCUCGAGGAUAGGCGAGAAAGGCAACGAGAGAUAGAGUGGGAACGCGAGCGACGCCAGAGUCGAGGUACUGGUGAACGUUUCGAUAAUGGGCUGGAGGAGACUGUCUGCACCUUGAGGUUGAGGGAGAACAUCGGCGACCCUUCACGCGCAGACAUUUACACCGAACAAGCCGGUCGCAUCAGCACUGUCAACAGCCAAAACCUUCCAAUCCUGCGCUGGCUGCAACUCAGUGCCGAGAGGGGAGCUCUCUACAGUGAUGCUCUGUAUGUUCCACACUGGAACCUGAAUGCCCACAGCGUGGUCUACGCGAUAAGGGGUCGUGCUGAAAUUCAGGUGGUGGACCACUUAGGCCAGACAGUGUUCGAUGAUGACCUUAGAGAGGGUCAGCUCUUGACCAUUCCACAGAAUUUCGGGGUUGUGAAAAGGGCAACGAGCGAGGGUUUCGAGUGGGUUGCGUUCAAGACAAAUGAGAAUGCGAUGAUUAGUCCCCUUGCAGGCAGAACUUCAGCUAUCAGGGCCAUACCGGAGGAAGUGCUGGCCAACGCCUUCCAAAUUCCAAGAGAGGAUGCAAGGAGGCUCAAAUUUUCCAGGCAGGAGACCUUUCUGGCUCGCUCAAGGUCAAGGUCUUCGACUGACAUCAGGAGGGUGGUGGAAGCUUAAUAUAAUGUAAAAUGCCUAGCUAGCUAAUGUAAUGCAUGCCAUGCGGCACGUAGUUUUUUCUUUUUUUUUGGUUGCUCGGCUCUUAGCCUAGAAAAUAAAAGCCUUAAUUAUAAUAAAGGCUUUCUACGUACGAAGAGAGGAUCCAAUAAGGUAAACAGCUAGUACUACGUACUUUAUCUAUGCUAAUAAAUUUUCUGAGGCUGUUUUGGCA